GAAGUCGAGCAGCAAGUUAACGGCGCUUUCCUUAACUUCUUUGGAUUCAACGGGACGGCGGGGGUGUGGAGGAUCAAGGCCUUGGAGGACUCCGGUGGAUGGCUCGAGAGAACAACCGUCGAGGACAUGGAUAUCGCGGUCCGAGCGCACUUAAACGGAUGGAAAUUCAUCUUCCUCAAUGAUGUUAAAGUGCUUUGUGAAUUGCCCGAGUCUUAUGAAGCCUACAAGAAACAACAGCACCGUUGGCAUUCGGGUCCAAUGCAGUUGUUCCGAUUAUGUCUCCCGGCCAUCAUGAGAUCCAAGAUAUCGAUAUCAAAGAAGGCCAACUUGAUUUUCCUGUUUUUCCUACUGAGGAAGCUCGUACUUCCAUUCUACUCCUUCACAUUGUUCUGCGUCAUACUUCCUUUGACAAUGUUCAUCCCUGAAGCAGAACUUCCCCUAUGGGUCAUCUGUUACGUCCCGAUUUUCAUGUCACUCCUAAACAUCCUCCCGGCCCCAAAAUCAUUCCCGUUCCUGGUCCCAUACCUUCUCUUCGAAAACACAAUGUCGGUAACGAAAUUCAACGCCAUGAUCUCGGGACUGUUCCAGCUCGGAAGCGCCUACGAAUGGGUAGUAACGAAGAAAACAGGCCGAUCAUCGGAAUCCGACUUGGUGGCCUUAGUGGAGAGGGAAUCGAAAUCAUCGAACGAAGAGAAGAUCACAAGGAGACACUCCGAGUCGGGGCUAGAGACGCUGAAUAAACUCAAACAACGAGAGGAAAUCGCCCCAUCGAAGAAGAGAAACAAGCUGUACAGGAAAGAACUUGCAUUGGCUCUUCUCCUACUAACAGCAGCAGCAAGAAGCUUAUUGUCUGCACAUGGAGUUCAUUUCUACUUCCUGUUGUUUCAAGGAUUGACAUUUCUAGUAGUGGGAUUGGAUUUGAUUGGUGAACAGAUAAGUUAAAAGAAGAGGUUUUAAUUCUUUCUUCUUCUUCUUCGUCAAAUUAUAAUGUUUUUUUAGUGAAUAUACAGAGUUUGGAUUGAUUUCCAUGGAUGAAAGCUGGACAUCAAACAGCUAGAGA